AUGGCACCUCAAAAUGAGAAGAGCUCCCUCAAACGCAAUAGAGAUUUGAAAAAGCCGCGACGGUCACAGAGAUUAUCUCAGAGUCUAUCCCCCAAAACUCCUGUUAAUCGGUCCUAUCUGCCCACUCCGUUGACUCAACAGAACUCAACUGCAACCGAUCUUCAAAAGGAAGUAACAGCGACUCCGCCAACCAAUUCCAGCCAGGCGCACCCGCAAAGCCCGUCACGCUCAGAACAACCUCAGUCAUGCUCCUCCCCCCCCGAUGAUACUCAAGCCCUUUCCCAAUUUGUUUAUCCCCCCAGGGCAUUUGCAGACGAGGUUGAGGACGAAGCUGCCGAAGGGGUCUGGGGUUACCUCAUACCUCUCGAUGACAAGGUUCGGGAAGCGCUCGUGCUGAGAAAACGAGACGGUUGUGAACGCAGAAAUGCAAGCCCCAGGAACAAACCCGAGAGGCAACCUCGACGUCAAGGCGGGAUUUCCGCAAAUCAAAAUCAAUCGCCCGGGGGUUACUUGCAUUCAGAUCUCGUCAUCAACAUACCUACCAUAUCCAACCGGCAUUUUCUGAUAUUCUCCGAAAACCGAAAAGGCGAUUUCGUCGCCAUCAUCGAAGAUUUAUCCAGCAAUGGAACAUUUGUCAACGACGCAAUCGUCGGGCGCAAUAAGCAUCGUGAACUUGAGGAUGGUGACGAGGUCACGAUAUUGGACGAGGCGCGUUUUAUAUUUCGAUACCCUCGGACACGCGAUACCAAUGGCUUCCGCCAGCAGUACAGAAUCCUGCAACAGCUUGGUAAGGGGCAUUUUGCCACUGUCUAUCUCUGCGUAGAGCGAGCUACGGGAACUCGAUUUGCGGUGAAGCUUUUUGAAAAGCGCCCCGGUGACUCUCAGAAGUCGCAGGCAGAUCCUUUGCACCAGGAAAUAGGUCUUCUAAUGGGCGUCAACCACCCGAAUUUGCUUUGUCUUAAGGAUACCUUUGACGAAAGCGAUGGUGUGUACCUUGUUCUGGAGCUUGCCCCAGAAGGUGAACUGUUUAAUCUCAUAGUCAGCAAACAAAAAUUCUCGGAAAAUGAAACACGACAGAUAUUUCUGCAAUUGUUCGAGGGGCUGAAAUAUUUGCAUGACCGUGGGAUCGUUCAUCGAGACAUAAAGCCCGAGAAUAUUCUGGUUGCCGAUACGAAGUUGACCGUAAAACUUGGCGACUUUGGACUUGCUAAGAUAAUUGGAGAAGACUCAUUCACAACUACUUUGUGCGGAACCCCGAGUUAUGUGGCACCAGAGAUUCUCCAAGAGUCGCGUCGUCGCAAAUACACCAAAGCCGUAGACAUCUGGUCACUUGGUGUCGUUCUUUACAUAUGCCUCUGCGGUUUCCCUCCGUUCUCCGAUGAGCUUUAUACACGCGAAAACCCAUACACUUUAGCGCAGCAAAUUAAAAUGGGCCGAUUUGACUAUCCUUCCCCGUACUGGGACUCUGUGGGCGAUUCGGCAUUGGAUCUGAUCGAUAGGAUGCUCACAGUUGAUGUGGAAAAAAGGAUCACGAUAGACGAAUGCCUGGAACACCCAUGGUUAACAGGGAAUUCCCCCAGUGUCUCUGAUAGCACGGAUGGACUGACUGGCGCACUGGGGAAGCUAGACUUCUCGAAAAGGAAGAUCGCUCGUGAGCGAACCUUGCUUAGCAGCAUUAAUGAUGUUGAUUUCAGCGAGUGCCAGGAAGGUCCUGGUGAGCCCGUGAAGGUCUUCCACAAGAACAGCGCCGGAAAACGCGUGCAUAAUCGCCCUGCAAGGGCUGUGGAACAACAUGAAGAAUCCGCGCCCAAUGAGAACAGUGCUCCUAAGGAUUUCGCGAAUCUCGGAGAACGCGGCGAUCCAGCGUUAUUCGAGGAGGACCCGACAAGCCUGAAGAGCCUUCUAGGAAUGUUUGAGGCACUAACACGCAGCGCGGAAAGACUACGCACAACCAUAGUCUUUCCGCCGUCAUCGACAAUUACUCCGUGCUCCGAUUGCGCCUUAUCCCUUCCCUGCAUAGCCAUGGGCUUCUUGGCGCUCAUCCUAGACAACCUUCAUGAGCAUUGCUCAGGUCUGUCCGUUGGAGCUCUUACUGGAGCAGGAUUGAUUACCCUGCUCACUGCAUCUGUUGUUGCCAAUGUCUUGCGACAGCUCCUGUUCCAAAACCCACGGGAACCCCCUGUGGUUUUUCACUGGUUUCCUUUCAUUGGUAGCACGAUAAGCUAUGGCAUGGACCCAUACAAAUUCUUCUUUGGCUGUCGCGCUAAGUACGGCGAUAUCUUUACCUUCAUUCUCCUCGGCAAGAAGACAACGGUAUAUCUGGGUACCAAGGGAAACGAAUUCAUUCUGAACGGCAAACUCAGGGACGUUUGCGCUGAAGAGGUUUACUCGCCACUUACGACGCCCGUGUUUGGUCGCCAUGUGGUGUAUGAUUGCCCCAAUGCCAAGCUGAUGGAACAGAAAAAGUUUGUCAAAUUUGGCCUCACAUCCGACGCACUUCGCUCAUAUGUCCGUCUGAUUACCGAUGAAGUGGAAGAUUUCAUUCAGAACUCCUCGGCUUUUCAGGGUUCUAGUGGUAUCUUUGACGUAUCCAAAACAAUCGCUGAAAUUACUAUCUACACUGCUUCGCGUUCCUUACAAGGACAAGAGGUCCGGAACCGGUUCGAUUCCACCUUCGCCGAAUUGUAUCAUAAUCUCGACAUGGGUUUUGCCCCCAUCAAUUUCAUGUUGCCCUGGGCUCCCCUUCCCCAUAACCGGAAGCGCGACGCAGCCCAGAGAAAGAUGACAGAAACCUAUAUGGAAAUUAUCAAGGAGCGCCGUCAGGCCGGAAAUGAUAAGAAUUCUCUAGAUAUGGUUUGGAACCUCAUGUCUUGUGUGUACAAGAAUGGCGCUCCGGUCCCUGACGAAGAAAUUGCGCAUAUGAUGAUUGCUCUGCUUAUGGCUGGUCAGCACUCCUCUUCAUCCACCGCUGCAUGGAUUGUCUUGCGUCUCGCUGCGCGCCCUGAUAUAAUGGAAGAGCUCUACCAAGAACAGCUUCGUGUACUUGGGUCCGAUCUACCUGCACUCACCUAUGAAGGCCUGCAGAAAUUGGAUCUACAUGCCAAGGUCAUCAAGGAAACAUUGCGCAUUCAUGCCCCUAUCCAUUCUAUCAUCCGAGCAGUGAAGAACCCGAUGCCCGUGGAAGGCACACCCUACGUAAUCCCAACUACUCACAAUGUUCUUUCUUCGCCCGGUGUCACUGCAAGGUCAGAGGAACACUUCCCCAAUCCUCUGGACUGGGAUCCUCACCGUUGGGAUGAGGUCACCAUUUCCAAUGCCGAGGAGGAAGAGAAGAUUGACUACGGAUACGGUCUCGUCAACAAAGGCACCAAUAGUCCCUAUCUCCCAUUUGGGGCUGGGAGGCAUAGGUGCAUUGGCGAACAAUUCGCUUACGUUCAGCUGGGCGCGAUAACCGCGGCUUUGGUACGAUUAUUCAAGUUUCGCAAUUUGCCAGGAGUUGAAACGAUUCCGGACACAGACUAUUCGUCCCUAUUCUCGAAACCACUUGGCAAAUCCUUCGUGGAGUUCGAGAAACGAGGAGAUGCCAAAUCAUAA